AUGUCCAGAUUCAUCUCAGUUCAUGAUACCUACAAAUACCUAGCCCCUUCAGAUGAAGCCUUGAAACAGUUGCAAUAUGUCGACUUAUCGUCUUUUAACGACUCGUUUUCCGAUCAAGAAAGCUACACUGCUAUUGAAGUUCUUUCAGAUAGCGAUGACCCGUUUGACCCAGAUGAUCUUGUAGGCAUCAUGAACAAAAAUGCUUCUCAGAGUCUUUUCGUUCCCAUGCUGCUGUCUCCGAGUAGCUCACCAACGCGUGAGUUCAAGCGUCCCAAAGUGACUGGUUCUGUUGCCAUUCGUGAACUUCACACGAGUGUCCCACUCAAGGAUGAGAUUGAUGUGGCAAGGUUGUCGGUGAAUACCAAAAGGUCAUCUCUUCCAAAUCCUACCAUCCAGCUUGCGACUCAGAAACCACUCAUGUCUGAAGAUCAUGAUGCGUUACUGAAUCCAGAACAAAAGGUUGUCAGGCCAAUUAUUCUCUCUGCCGAGCAAGAGCAUGUGCUACAAUUGGCACUACAAGGAAAGUCGAUUUUCUUCACGGGUUCUGCCGGUACUGGCAAAUCUGUGCUCCUAAAAGCGAUUAUCAAACAGCUCAAAGGAAAGUUUGAUCCUGGUAGUGUGUCUGUGACUGCCUCGACUGGCUUGGCCGCUUGCAAUAUAGGAGGUACCACCGUCCACAGCUUCUCCGGAAUUGGUCUUGGUAAAGGAGAUCUCAAGGACCUCUUGAAAGUCGUGAGAAAGAACAGAAAGGCUGUCAACCGCUGGAAUGCGACUAGAGUUUUGAUUAUUGAUGAGAUAUCCAUGAUCGAUGGUCAACUUUUGGAUAAGCUUGACUGGAUAGCUCGAAGAAUUCGGAAAAAACAGCACCUACCCUUCGGAGGAAUUCAGCUCAUCAUCUGUGGUGACUUUUAUCAACUUCCCCCAGUCAGCAAAGCGAAGAUACAUCCUGAUGGCUCGGAGGAAAGAGAGGACAUGGCUUUUGCUUUUCAAAGUGAUACGUGGCAGACUGCCCUACACUCGAAAAUUGUACUUCAAGAAGUUUUCCGUCAAAAAGGUGAUCAGAAGUUCGUUGAUAUGUUGAACGAGAUGAGAAUGGGAUAUGUCAGUGGCGAAACAGAGCGUGAAUUCUUGCGUCUCUCACGUCCAUUGCAUUGUCCUACCGGAAUUGUUCCCACAGAGUUGUAUGCCACACGAUUUGAAGUCGAGAGAGCCAAUAAUUUCAAAUUGAGCAACUUAACAGGAAGUGCUCAAGUUUACGAGGCUAGGGAUGGAGGCUCGCUUCCGCCUCUUGCAAAAUCACAAAUGCUCGGCAACUUUUUGGCUCCUCAAAAGCUCUUUUUGAAGGAAAAGGCUCAGGUCAUGUGUAUCAAGAAUUUCGACAGUCAACUUGUCAAUGGAUCACUCGGACAAGUUGUAAAAUUUGUUGAUCGUGACACUUAUAUGUGCGAGAUGGUCAUGGCCGAGAAUCCAAAUAUUUCACUUGAACAGUUGAAGAAGGAGUUGGCUAAGAGGCAAGUGAAAGUCAAAUUGGCGAAGGCUAAUCCCGACGCUGAUGAAGAAACAUUAGAGAGAAUGAGCCAGUCUGCUAUGGAAAGGGUGAAUGCCUCUGAUUCUCUGGAGUUUUUGCUGACACCGGAAUACCUGUACUCGGAUCCAUCCAAGGAUAAGCCGUUGUUGGAUCACGUCUUUGAGUUCUUCAACGAAACUAAAACAGAGAAGUCCAGUUCGACAAGUAGCGCAAGCGCUGAGGAUUGUAAAGUUGAUUCAGAUGUGUCGCAUGAAGCUAAACUGAAAGAUCAAGCCUUCACAGAUAAUGCUGCUCGUAAAUUGGAGUUUCUCAAGAAGCUUGAAGAAUCAAGUAACGGGCAAAAGUACCCAUUGGUCAGGUUUUUAAAUCCUGAUGGAGUAACCACGAGAGAUGUUGUUGUUGAGCCGGAAGUUUGGGAAAUCAAUGAUGAACAUACUGGUGAGGUGUUGGUUUCGCGCGUUCAACUACCCUUGAUGCUUGCAUGGGCCUUGUCUAUUCACAAAUCGCAAGGUCAAACUUUGCAAAUGGUCAAAAUUGACCUAUCCCGAAUUUUUGAAAACGGACAAGCAUACGUUGCAUUAUCUAGAGCGGUAUCUAGAGAUGGAUUACAGGUGAUUAACUUCCGUAAGGAAAGGGUCAGGGCGCAUCUUGAUGUGAUCAAAUUUUACAAUACCUUGAAAGCUGUACACAAAGCUGAUGAUGAUGAGGUUUAA